CCACGGUCUUACAGUCUUAGGCCUUUCUUAAAACUUUCCAUGUCUAAAUGGACUCCUGAAUGUAAUAUAGUUUAUACUCUAAAAGCGGAUAUGAAGAGUGAAGUUCCUUCUGAUGCACCAAAGAGACAGGAGAGUCUGAAGGGGAUCCUCUUGAACCCUGAGCCUAUUGGGGCAGCCAAAAGUUUCACUGCAGAAGUUGAGAUGAUUGCCAGUAAAGUAGGAAAUGAGUUCUCUCACUUAUGUGGUGAUUCUCAAAAGCAGAAGGACAUGAAUGGGAACCAUACAGACCAAGACAAAAGUAUUGUGGUGCGAAAAAAACGCAAGAGCCAGCAGGCUGGUCCUUCAUGUACUCAAAAUUGUCCUGAUAAAGAAAACCAAGGAAUCUUAGGAUUAAGACAGCAUCUAGAAACACAGAGUGAAGACAAUGAUUCUUCUUUUAGUGACUGUAUCUCUUCACCCUCAUCUAGCCUACAUUUUGGAGACUCUGACACAGUAACAUCUGAUGAAGAAAAAGAUGCUUCUAUGAGACACCCUCAGGCAGUGUUGAAUACAAGUAGAACUCACAGUGCAAGGUCACAAAAGUGGCCUCGGACUGAGGCAGACUCUGUACCUGGGUUAUUAAUGAAAAGGCCUUGUUUUCACAACAAUUCUUUAAGAAGACUUCCAUAUAGGAAGAGAUUUGUGAAAACAAGUUCGUCACAGCGGACACAGAACCAAAAAGAACGAAUUUUAAUGCAAAGGAAAAAGCGGGAAGUGUUAGCUCGAAGAAAGUAUGCUUUACUACCCAGCUCCAGCAGCUCCAGUGAGAACGAUCUCAGUAGUGAAUCUUCUUCCAGCUCAUCUACUGAAGGGGAGGAAGACUUAUUUGUGUCGCCUGGUGAAAACCACCAGAACAGUACAGCUGUUCCUUCAGGAAGUAUUGAUGAAGAUGUUGUGGUGAUUGAAGCAUCCUCCACUCCCCAGGUCACUGCUAAUGAAGAAAUAAAUGUUACCUCAACAGACAGUGAAGUGGAGAUUGUUACAGUUGGUGAGAGUUAUAGGUCUCGUUCAACUCUUGGACACACAAGAUCACACUGGGGACAAAGCUCUAGUUCUCAUGCUGCACGACCUCAAGAACAGCGGAACCGCAGUAGGAUUUCCACAGUCAUACAGCCGCUGAGACAGAAUGCAGCAGAAGUAGUGGACCUUACAGUGGAUGAAGAUGAACCAACAGUUGUGCCAACCACAUCAGCUAGAGUGGAGCCACAGGUCGUGAGUUCUGCUUCCAGUAACAGUUCUAGUACGUCUACCUCAGAGCAGGCCUCUGAUGCAGCUCCAAACAUCUCCAACAGCCAGCCUUCCGCAGCACCAGAGACGAUACCUAGUCUUCCCAGUGGCAGCACUGCUGGUACUUCAGCUGGAGAUGAUAUAAGAAGAACCGCAUCUACUACGACACUGGAAACUGGCCCUCCGGCCAUGCCAAGGUUACCAUCGUGCUGCCCUCAACAUUCUCCUUGUGGAGGACCUUCACAGGCUCAUCAUGCGUUGGGGCACCCACAUACAAGCUGCUUUCAGCAGCAUGGCCACCACUUUCAACAUCACCACCACCACCACCACAACCCUCAUCCAGCUGUUCCACUAUCUCCCUCAUUCACUGAGUCCAGCUGCCCUGUUGAAAGGCCCCCUCCAGUGCCUGCACCUUGUGGAGCAAGCAGCAGUUCUGGCAGCAGUUAUCAUGACCAGCAGGCAUUGCCGGUAGACCUAAGCAGCAGUGGUAUAAGAAGUCAUGGAAGUGGUGCUUUUCAUGGAACAUCUGCUUUUGAUCCCUGCUGUCCUGGUUCUUCAUCUCGAACUGCAAUUUAUGGACAUCAGGCGGGUGCUGGCCCAAGCCAGUCAAUAACAAUAGAUGGAUAUGGAUCAAGUAUGGUUGCACAGCCACAGCCCCAACCUCCUCCUCAGGCAUCGCUCUCUUCUUGUCGGCAUUAUAUGCAUUCUCCUUAUGCUUCUUUGACCAGACCUCUUCACCAUCAAGCUUCUGCGUGUCCUCACUCUCAUGGAAAUCCUCCUCCACAGCCACAACCUCCACCUCAAGUAGAUUAUGUAAUCCCUCAUCCAGUGCAUCCCUUCCAUCCUUCCAUAUCUUCUCAUGCAUCUUCUCAUCCUGUUCCCGCUCCACCUCCUCCACCAACUCAUCCUUUAGCCAGUGCAGCUGCUCCAAUACCACAGCAUCUUCCUGCAACACACCAGCCUAUAUCUCAUCACAUCCCUGCAACAGCACCGCCAGCACAGAGGCUACAUCCUCAUGAAGUGAUCCAGAGGAUGGAGGUCCAGAGAAGAAGAAUGAUGCAACACCCAACACGUGCUCAUGAGCGGCCUCCUCCACAUCCUCACAGAAUGCAUCCCAAUUAUGGUCAUGGUCACCACAUUCAUGUGCCUCAGACAAUGUCUUCCCAUCCUCGACAAGCUCCAGAGAGAUCUGCCUGGGAACUGGGAAUUGAAGCUGGUGUGACUGCAGCUACUUACCCUCCAGGGCCUUUGCAUCCUCACUUGGCCCACUACCAUGCACCUCCUCGACUUCAUCACUUGCAAAUAGGGGCUCUUCCCCUAAUGGUACCAGACAUGGCGGGCUACCCUCACAUCCGUUACAUUUCAUCGGGAUUGGAUGGAACAUCAUUCAGAGGCCCUUUCAGGGGCAAUUUUGAGGAGCUGAUUCACUUAGAAGAACGAUUAGGUAACGUUAAUCGUGGAGCAACACAGGGAACUAUAGAAAGAUGUACAUACCCACAUAAAUACAAAAAGAGGAAACUGCACUGCAAACAAGAUGGGGAUGAAGGGACAGAAGAAGACACAGAGGAAAAGUGUACCAUCUGCUUGUCUAUAUUGGAGGAAGGUGAAGAUGUCAGGCGCCUUCCAUGUAUGCACCUUUUCCACCAAGUAUGUGUAGAUCAGUGGUUGAUUACUAACAAGAAGUGCCCCAUUUGCAGAGUGGACAUUGAGGCUCAGCUGCCUAGUGAAAGUUGACACCGCUUUCCAGAA